CCAUAUAAAAAGUGUUUAGUUGACCAUACAAAAAGUCGAGUUGACCAUAAACAAAGUCGAGUUGACCAUAUAAAAAGGCGAGUUGACCGUAUAAAAAGUCCAACAGACCAUGGAAAUAUGUAGGGAAUAUUGACUGGUUCGGCGCCCCAUACGAGAGACCCUUGCAGGAUUACCUUCGUUGGAAAGCAUCUCAUCUCUGCGACAUUACCCAUGCAUGACGGAUCUGCAAAUUCAAUGGAAAUGCGAUGCACUGUUGACAUUUACUCUCGAUCCAUUGAGCAAAACAAGCUGAGAUAUGUCACCAUGAUUUCAGAUGGUGAUUGCAAAAACCAUGCCAGUGUUGUGGAACUGAAACCUUUAUGGUGACACUGAUAUCGCCAAGGAAGACUGCGUUGGUCAUGUACAGAAGAGAGUAGGAUGAAGGCUUCGUGAUCUCAAGAAUAUGCACAAGGAAAGGAAGCUUGAAGAUGGAAAGACUAUUGGAGGGAGAGACCGUUUGACUGACACUAAAAUUUGAAGGCCAUACGGAGCCACAAGCAAAACAAAGAGGGAAUGGGCCAUAUUGUCCCACUCUGCUUCCUUAGAUGAAAACCCUCAACAUGACUACUGCCCAGCGGGUGAAACUUUAUGGUGUGAGUGACAGCGGUAUCAGGCAAAAGGAACUGAUAGUUACCAACACAAGUCUCCCUUGGCCCCAGCUGUAGUGGAAGUAAUCAAGGCAACUUUUGAAGCCUUAUCUGCAGAUGAAUUGCUGGAUCACUGCCUUGAAGGGGCCAAUCAAAACCAAAACGAGUCCCUCAACUCUGCUGUUUGGGGCUUAUGCCCAAAAGAUUCAUUCGUAGGCCUGAGUUCCGUGGAGACAGCAUGUGCUUUGGCUGUAGCACGUUUUAAUGAUGGUGCACACACUACUGCAAACAUCAUGAGAAAGUGUGACCUUAAUCCAGGACGGUAUGUUUCUGAAGCUGCUGACAAGGAAGGCAGUAAACGCACGUACCAUGCAAGAAAAAAGUAAUGAGUCGGUGCCUUGGAAGCAAGACAGCAAAGGAGGAGUGACAGAAGGCAUGAGGAGGAACAUAACAUUGAAGGAGAGCGAGACCCUCAUGUUCCUGGAGGAUGUUGAGAGACAUUGUCGCAAGUGAAAAGUUUCUUGAUUUUCUCAAAAACACUUUUCGGGCCAAAUUAGACACCGUUUGGCAAAUGUAGAUGCAAAGGUUUUAAGAAACGUACCCAUAAACCAUACAUUUUUAGAAUCUGAUAAAUUUUCUGUGCAAUGAACCUUUAAGGUGGCUUGAUAGGCUUAAAAUCGAAAACUUUUUGUGUUUUGAUUUUGUGUUUUAAGACAUCUUUGGCCAUUUUACUUUCAUAAAAGCUACAUUUUUUGGCCAACUUGUCUAUGAUUUUACAUCAAUUUGAGAGUUUUAACCAGUUUGUGAUCGGUAACCAUGGAAACCAAUGUUGUUUGUGCGUUGUUUUUGCCCGAAAAAGGGCGAUUUUCCAGUUUGAUUUCAGCCUCAUUCUAUCCAAUGCUAUAUUGGAGACUGGUAACAAGUUUGCAUAGAUAGGUGACACUUCAUUUCGAUUACACGGUCUAGUUUGAGGGAGAAAAGGUGCAAGCGACCGAGAGUGAGUGUUUACAAUUCAGUGGUGAAAUCUUUUCAGUAAAAUCAUGCCUCCAACGAAAGUAUGCAGUCGAGAAAGGAAAAAGAGAAGAUUUACUGGUAACCAGUACAAAAAGAAAAAUAAUACUUCAACCACAACUGUUCCAGUUCGAGAAGAAUCAACCGAGGAAAGCGACGAGUCGAGUGGAGAUGCCGGAGGUGUGAAAUUCAAAAAUUUCAAGUCGUUGCCAGCUUCAGAGCAUAAAAUUGAGACGCAGACAGAUGAUUCUUCAGAGGAAUUCAGUAAAACUGAGGGUGAAAAUCUCCAAGGUUUUAGAUUUGUUGAUAUCUGUGUCCUUGCCUCGGUAUUCGAGUCGUUGCAAUGCCCUUCCUGUAAACAGGGAACUCUUUCUCUCGAGGAAGAUGAAGAGUCUAAAAUGGGCUUAGCUUCCCUUCUUAUUUUGAAGUGUACCAAAGGAAAAUGUUCCCUUUCUCAUUCAUUUUAUACUUCUGCCAAAGUGCCUAAUAAACAAGCUUUCGAGGUAAACAGAAGAGCGGUUUUAGCUAUGAGAAACAUUGGUGUGAUUCACCAAGGACUUGUAAAGUUUACGUGUGUGAUGAACAUGUUACCUCCCAUGAAUGAGAACUCGUACCGUGAUCAUGUGAAAGCUCUGCGAGGUGCAACCGAAUCUGUUGCUAAAGAAAGCAUGUCUAGAGCUGCCAACGAAGUCAAAGAGUUUUAUGAGCCCAACGAAGAAAGCCUCUAUGAUAUUGCAGUGUCAGGAGAUGGAACACGGAGGAAGAGAGGGUUUUGCCAUCGUAUGGAGUAGUUACUGCAAUGUCAACAAUCACAGGCAAGGCUCUAGACUGUGAGGUAAUGUCCAAAGAAUGCAAGCAGUGUGUGCAGUGGAUGGGGAAAGAGAGAUCACCUGAAUUUGAAGAGUGGUGGGAACAACAUCAACAUCAAUGCCAUGUGCAUUUUGAAGGGUCCUGUGGAUUAAUGGAUGCCACUGGAUUGCUAAACAUUUUUCAAAGGUCUAUUGAAAAAUAUGGAAUACGAUAAGUUGAAUUCCUUAGAGAUGGCGACAGCAAGGCGCACAAACUCUUACUUCAAGAGGCUGUGUAUGGCAAUGUUGUGGUCCAAAAACUUGAAUGUGUGGGCCAUGUCCAGAAGCGGCUGGGUUCACGCCUACGUUCAUUGAAAAGGGACUGAUGAAGACUCCUUUAGAGGACGGCAAACCAGUUGGUGGCAACGGGAGGCUGACGGAAAACCGAAUAGACAAACUGCAAGUGUAUUUUGGAAAGGCCAUCAGGCAGAACACUCACAGUAUCAGAGCAAUGCAGACUGCAGUCAUGGCCAUUUGGCAUCAUAGUAAAUCAAGCAAUGACAACCCAGAUCAUGGCCUAUGCCCAGAGGGAGAGAACUCCUGGUGUGGGUUCCAAAGAGACAUUGCUAAAGGAACUACUGACUAUGUACACAAAGACCCAAUACCAGAGGCUGUGGCAAAUGUCAUUCUGCCA